GAACCGUGUCACCCGUUUGUAUCUAACGCGCCGGUACGUACCGCGCCGGUGUCCAUGAAUGACACGAGAUCCGGCCACGUACGUACCCGCUCCACGACUGUAUUGUAACACUUUUGCCAAUCCAAUGAUCGAUGAGAUCGGGAAUUUUCAGAAAACCCAACAUGGCAACUAACCCACCAAACGGUUCCAAUCAGCAUGUUGUGAACAUUGCCAACGGGAAUGGGAGCAAACAGGACAAGGAGUCGGAGGCAGGGAAAACAGAGCCAACAUCCCAACUGCCAAUGCUGGCCCAGUUUGGUAUCGGCGUAUUGGGUAUAUUUUUCUUCUACCUAAUCUACGGGUAUGUCCAGGAGUUGUUUUUCAGGGCUCCAGAACGGAAACCUUAUGGAUGGUAUCUGACGCUAGUACAGUUUGCCUGCUACUCUUCGUUUGCAUCCAUUGAGAUGAAAUGGAAGGGCUGUCAACCAAGAAGAAUUCCCAUGAAGACCUACAUAUUACUAGCCUUCCUGACAGUGGGCACAAUGGGUAUGUCCAACUCCUCGGUUGGAUAUCUCAACUACCCUACUCAGGUCAUCUUCAAAUGCUGCAAGCUGAUUCCUGUCAUGAUUGGAGGCAUUCUUAUCCAAGGGAAGAGAUAUGGACCUAUUGACCUGAGUGCUGCUCUGUGCAUGAGUGUUGGGCUGAUCUUCUUCAUACUUGCUGACAGCACCGUUUCACCAAACUUUAAUCACACAGGUAUCAUCAUGAUCUCCACUGCGUUAUGCGCCGAUGCUGCCAUCGGAAACGUUCAAGAAAAGGCCAUGAAGGCUUACGAGGCCAGCAACAACGAAGUGGUACUGUACUCGUAUGGGAUUGGCUUCUUCUACAUCCUGUUUUAUCUUUUUGUUAACGGCAACCUGUUCAGUAGCUUUUGGUUUUUCUAUGAGCAUCCAACAGAAGCAUAUGGCUAUGCAAUUAUGUAUGGCGUAUCUGGUUUCUUUGGUGUUUCAUUUGUGCUGACCAUGAUAAGAACAUUCGGUGCUCUGAUGACAGUAACAGUUACAACCUGUCGCAAAGCAGUCACAAUAGUUUUAUCGUUUCUGUUCUUCGCAAAGCCCUUCACAAUGCAAUACGUAUGGUCAGGUCUUGUGGUUCUCUUGGGUAUCUUCCUGAAUGUCUACAGCAAGAACAGAGUGAAGAUAAAUGGCAUUGUGUCUGAGGGUAUCCGACAGAUCAUUAUCUUCAUUCAGAAGAGAGGCUUCAAGUCACAACAUCAGACCAUGGAAGUAUGAUUCCUUAGACCGAAGACAUUCCUCAGUUAAUAGCAAGAUAAUAAUAGAGACCCAUUGUUAAUCAUAGUUGAACGAGCUUUCGGUGAAAGCAUGCUGGUUAACGAUGGUUGGAGUAGUCUGGUAGUCUACAUGUAUAUGGAAUCAACCUACUGAGGUUGGUUGCAAUACUAGUCGUGGGUCAUUCCAUGUCAAAUCACCCAAUGGGUUAAAACCCACCCCCUUCGAAUUUGCUCACAAUGUGGGGUAAUUUAGGCUGAAAAAGCUGAAAUUGUUUGCUUUAGCGCCCUACGAAACACGGUUUUGGCGCUACUGCUAACUAUUGUUUGGCAAUUUUGGUCAAAAUGGCCAUGGCCGCCAAUUUUCAAAUGACCAUAUCUGUGAGCCAAAUUUGUUGAUCAUGGUGUCUUUGGAAAGCUAACAUCACAAGAAUCCAAACUUGCCAUUACCUUUCAUGUUGGAGUAAUUUGGAGUAUGAUGACCUUUUGAACUUUACUUUGAGCUUGAAUUUGACCACAGUUCGCUAGAGAACAUUCCAUUUUGCUAUCAGCACACAGACUAAAAUCAUGUAGUGAUAUGAAGCAACUACUGGUUGACAGUGGUCUUUGAUUGAACUUGCUCUAAAGGCAGGUUCAAAGUUCACACCAAUACAAGUGAUAAGCGAAUUUGAAGUCGCAAAACUGCAGCAGCUAUUAUCGCCAGAGCUAAAAUGGGUUCAAGUAUGGCGAAUUCACAGCGUGUGUGCAUGCCUUGGCGUCACAAUAUCUGGAUCACAUUCUU